AGGUGGUAGACACGAUUCAAGAUGGCCGGUCAGUCGCCAGACGAGGCGGGAGAGGCUCAGGUCUCUGACGAGCUCGAGUGUAAGAUCUGUUAUAAUCGGUACAAUCUGAAGCAGAGGAAACCCAAAGUGCUGGAGUGUUGUCACAGGGUUUGUGCCAAAUGCCUCUACAAGAUCAUCGACUUUGGGGACUCACCGCAAGGCGUCAUCGUCUGUCCUUUCUGCAGGUUUGAGACCUGCCUGCCAGAUGAUGAAGUCAGUAGCCUGCCCGAUGACAACAACAUCCUGGUAAACUUGACUUGUGGAGGCAAAGGCAAGAAGUGCCUGCCAGAAAACCCCACCGAGCUGCUGCUGACCCCCAAGAGGCUGGCGUCCCUGGUCAGUCCCUCUCACACUUCCUCCAACUGCCUGGUCAUAACCAUCAUGGAGGUGCAGAGAGAGAGCUCCCCGUCUCUGAGCUCCACUCCCGUGGUAGAGUUUUAUAGGCCUGCGAGUUUCGACUCUGUCACCACCGUGUCGCACAACUGGACGGUGUGGAACUGUACGUCCCUGCUCUUUCAGACGUCUAUCCGGGUGUUGGUUUGGCUGCUGGGCUUGCUCUACUUCAGCUCCUUGCCCUUAGGGAUCUACCUACUGGUGUCUAAGAAAGUCACUCUUGGGGUUGUCUUUGUCAGCCUCGUCCCUUCAAGCCUUGUCAUUCUCAUGGUGUAUGGUUUUUGCCAGUGUGUUUGUCACGAAUUUCUAGACUGUAUGGCACCUUCUUCUUAAUUAAUAUGCAGACUAAGAAAUUUGACACACAUUGCCACCUUUGAAGCUAGGUAAUUUAUCAUUUAUUUAUUUUAUAUUCUCAGUGAUUCGUGUCCAUGACAUUAACAAAGCCAUUGGCUCAAUGUUUGUGGUCUGUUUUCCAUCAAAAAGCUGACUCUGUUGGUUUUCCUAUAUGCUGGACAUAGAAAGUGCUCAUUUCUUCUUAGGUGUUAGCCAAGAUGCAAGCAUGUAUAAGCUAAGCCUUCACAGAGCACUUCUUGUGAGCCUGCCCACAGAAAGGGCAGGAGUUCGCUCACCCCUGCUGGAAGGCACCAGCAGGGAGGGGUGUUAGACUGUAGGAAGGGUCUUUGCAAAAGGUUAGGGAUGAACCUGUUCCUCUAAUCCUUAAUAAUCUAUGAUGGUGGGUGGACACAAGAGGAGAGCUUUCCAAGACACAUCUACUUGAAAAGUGUGACCUGCCCCUCCCACACACCCCUCCCACACUGCUCCUGCACCCCCUCCCAUAUACCCUCGAAUCCCCUCCUGCACCCCUCUCUGCCCCCACACAGCUUCCGAACCCCCAUACUCCUUCAUAUCCCCUCCUGCACCCUUCCCCCCGCACCCCCACACUCCUCCCGCACCCC